UGGAAAAAGAAGGCAUUUUGUCUUUGUUUAAUUGAUUGAUAUUCAUCUCCAUUCUCUUCUUCUUCCUCCUAAAAGCUUGCUUUUUUUAUCUUCUUCUGUGGCCAAAGUUUGAAACUUUGUCUUCUCCAUUGGCUUCUUCUUCCUCAGGAAGACUAGCCUCAACAUCAACAACAAUGGCGCUCAAAGAAAGAGACCAGAAAGACAACAAAGAGAAAAAGCUGUUUGUGUGGUUGGCAUGGAACUGUGCAGCGGAACUCAAGCUUUUAAUAGGCUUUCUUUUGAUUCUUUGCAGCAUUGUAACUCUUCUCCAAUUCAUCCCAUCUCGUUUCACCAUGCCUUCCUCUGAUUUACGUCUCUGCAUCUCGAAAAUCAACACGAACGACAGCCAAAACGCUACCUUUCAUCUUCAACAACAGCCACCAUUGGCCUCUUCUCCUCCUUAUCCUCCUCCACCUUCAACUCCUUCGCCGUCUCCUCCUCCGCCUGCCCUUGAGCUGGACCAAAUCAUCCACAACGCCACCACCAUCAAGCGAGCCUUCAACACAUAUGGAGCUGCAGCUUAUAAUUUCAUCACCAUGGGGAGCUACCGUGGAGGGCUCAACACUUUCGCCAUUCUUGGCCUUUCUUCAAAGCCGAAUCAUGUCUUUGGAAAGCCCACUUAUGAAUGUGAGUGGGUUCCUUUAAACCAUUCACAGCCGAGCAUCGAGGCCUCCGGUUACAGAAUCCUCCCCGACUGGGGAUACGGCAGAAUUUACACCGUUGUUGUUGUAAAUUGUACCUUCAAUGAACCCGUUAAUGGUGACAACAGUGGAGGAAGUUUGGUGGUUCAUGCCUCAAGAGCUUUUGGUGCUGAUGCAAAACACAGUGCGGUGGAUCAAAUUCAGGCAAUUCAAGAGCCUCCAGGGAGUGUUGAUUUUAGUAUUUAUACUACUUAUGCUCCAAAGUAUGAUUAUUUCUAUUGUGGGUCGCCUUUGUAUGGGAAUUUAAGUCCACAAAGGAUAAGAGAGUGGAUAGCUUAUCAUGUGAGACUAUUUGGGGGGAAAUCCCACUUUGUGAUUUAUGAUGCCGGUGGGGUUCAUCCUGAGGUUUUGAAGGUGUUGAAGCCAUGGAUGGAGUUGGGAUAUGUGACGUUGCAAGACAUAAAGGAGCAAGAGAGGUUUGAUGGGUACUAUCACAAUCAAUUCUUGGUGGUGAAUGAUUGUUUACAUAGAUACAAGUUCAUGGCUAAAUGGAUGUUCUUCUUUGAUGCUGAUGAAUACAUUUAUGUGCCCUCAAAAAUGUCCAUCAAGGCUUUGCUUGAUUCCCUUUCUGGCUAUGAUCAAUUCACCAUUGAGCAGAGUCAUAUGAGUAGUCAGCUUUGUAUGCAAGCUGAUGCUGGAAAAACUCAGAGGAAGUGGGGGUUUGAGAAGCUUGUAUACCGGGAUGUAAAGCGUGGGAUAAGGAGGGAUCGAAAAUACGCCAUUCAGCCUCGGAAUGUAUAUGCGUCUGGAGUUCACAUGUCGCAGAACCUCCAUGGAAGAACAACCCACAAGACGGAAGGCAAGAUUAGAUACUACCAUUACCAUGGCACAAUUGCAAACAGGCAAGAACCCUGCACUACUUUUGUCAAUUUGACACAAUAUGACUUUGAAAACACUCCCUACAUUCUGGAUACAACAAUGAAAUCCACAGCUCGGGCUGUGAAGAAAUUUGAGCUCAGAAUGAUUGGCCAUAAACUUCGAAAAGCUCACCAAUGAUUUUGUUUUCUCCUUUUGUAUAAUAUUUUUUUUUUCUAUUUUUUU